AAAAAUCCAACGCGCAGCGCAAGGCGCUACCAUUCACCAUUACUCUCCUCAUGGAGCCGCAGAUGGGGGAGACAGAGAACGAGCCUGGCAACGCUAAAACCCUAGAAUCGGAGGCGGUGACUCCUCCUCCCACCGCCGGGGGCCCCGAAACCCCUCCUGCCCCUUUGCUGCCGCCUGCCGCCGGCGAGGAGGGAGGAGCCGAGCCCUCGAGCGCGCAGACUACCACCACGUCGGGACCGCCGGCGCCGCCACCCGCCACCGAUCUCGAGAAGAAGCUCCGCCGGGCGGAGCGCUUCGGGAUGUCCGUCCAGCUCUCGGAAGAGGAGAAGCGCUCUGCCCGAGCCCAGCGGUUUGGCACUGGACCUAUCUCAUCUGGUAAAACUGUCGAGGGAAAAUUGGAGGAGCAGAAAAGAAAGGCACGGGCAGAGAGGUCUCAUCUUGCAUGUCAUUGUCGAAAUCAAUUGUUUGGGCUCACAGGAUACUCUCCAGCUGAUGAGGAAGCAAAGAAGAAGGCUCGAUUGGAAAGAUUUAUCCAGAACCCCGAACCUGAUGCUUUGGAAGAAGAAAAAAGAAAGGCAAGAGCAAACAGCUGAUUGGAUGGGAGAUCAAUGAAUUAAUAUCUGCUGAUGAUUUUGACAAGCUUUCUUUUCCACGUUCAAACCAGAAGACAGCUGUGGCUAGGACUGGAGGAAAGACGUGAGAGCCGACACUUCAGCGGUACAUGGUGCUUCUGGCUACUUUUCUGUGGUACUAACUGCCUUCAUACCGUCAUCCUUGUGCUGACCUGCUUGUAGGGCUUUUUUGUUUCAUUUGGCAUGUAUGAUACGCUGGUGGUGUGCCUAUUUUGUGGGCCAUCAUAGGUGAAUUACGAUUCAGUAUACUGACGGUCUGUAAAUUUAGACUGGUUCAAAUGGCUGCUACAUCUGUUCUGAAGCUAAUACUACGAUGUCCUGAACAAACUGCACAAUAUGCCUCAAUAUGUUUGAUACUUUA